AUGGCUAAAAACACAUCUAGUUCAGCAUUUCGGAAAAUUGAUAUCGAUCAAUACAAUGAAGAUAAUUUUAGAGAAGAUGAAGCUGAACAAUUAAUUCCAGGGGGAAAAUAUAUUGAUGCUCUUAAACAUGUCUUAGGCAAUGCACCUAUAGGUACCUCUAAUCAGCUAAUAAAAGAUAAUGCCCUGGCUUUAACCUUGAAGGUCCUAUUAGCUAUCAAAUCUGCACAAAUUGAAGAGGCUGUUAGUUGUCUAUCUCAAGACGACAUUGACAUUUUAAUGAAAUACAUCUACAGAGGUUUUGAAUAUCCAUCUGAGGGCUCCAGUGGCCAUCUUCUUCUGUGGCAUGAAAAAGCUUAUAAUAUUGGAGGGGCAGGAUCCAUUAAAUCUAUAAUCCUAUUACUGGUUCACAUUGGCACAAGCCUUUCGUCUCACCAUUCACAUACAAUACCAGUUGAAGGAUAUGAAACCGAAUUACACAACCUCGGGGAACAUGUUGAAAUACCGGAAACGCCCGUUAAAGUUAUUAAAAUUACUAAAACCGUUGCAGUUAAAAUACCCGUGCCUUAUCCUGUCAAAGUUGUAGAAAAGGUGCCAUAUCCGGUUCACGUAAAUAAGCCAUAUCCUGUUCCAGUUCCACAUAUAGUUAAAGCGCCUUACGCUGGACUGAAACAUGACCACGAGCAAGGUUUAAAGCAGAGCGGUGACGAAUAUCAGAAUCAUGGAAUUAACUCCUACCAAGUGAAAGAGAGCGAUUACGAUGCGCCUGCGCCUAACGGGCAAGAGUACUCUUAUAACAGCCCAACGUACAAUCACUAUGAUGCACCGAUCGUAGAUGAGUAUUCAGAAGCAUUACCACAAUAUAAUUCUUUCGGAUCAAACGGACUCCACACGGAUUCCAAAAGAUAUAAUGAACCUUACUAA